CUGAAGGAAAUCUGCAGUAGCCGGCCUCAAUUGUUUCAGACAUCGCUCGCGUCGCCGCCGGCGCCGUCAUAUUUUAGGCUUAGAGCUUCAUUUUAAUCUAAAUUCGCGGUUUUGAGAGUUUGGAUGGAGUUUUGUUGAGCUGAAUUAUACACCUAUUGGAAUUUUGAAAUGGCGACGUUUGCCAGACCUGAGAAUGCAUUGAAGCGAGCUGAAGAGUUGAUCAAUGUUGGACAAAAGCAAGAAGCUCUUGAAGCCCUUCAUAGUUUCAUUACCUCAAGGAGGUAUAGAGCCUGGACAAGAACACAUGAGAGGAUAAUGUUCAAGUAUGUGGAGCUAUGUGUUGACAUGAGAAGGGGAAGACAUGCAAAGGAUGGUCUUAUCCAGUACCGCGGUAUCUGCCAGCAGGUUAACAUUACAUCUCUAGAAGAGGUGAUAAAGCAUUUCAUGCAGUUGGCUACUGAGAAAGCAGAAAAUGCACGCAACCAGGCGCAGGCCCUGGAAGAGGCUUUAGAUAUUGAUGAUUUAGAAGCAGAUAAAAGGCCUGAAGAUCUAAUGUUGAGCUAUGUUAGUGGGGAAAAAGGUAAAGACAGAUCUGACCGGGAGCUUGUAACACCAUGGUUUAAGUUCUUGUGGGAAACUUACAGAACUGUCCUGGAGAUCUUGCGCAAUAACUCAAGAUUGGAAACCCUUUAUGCGAUGACUGCACAUCGUGCCUUUCAAUUCUGCAAGCAGUACAAAAGAACUACGGAAUUUCGGAGGUUGUGUGAAAUUAUUAGGAAUCAUCUAGCAAAUCUGAACAAGUAUCGAGAUCAGAGAGAUAGACCUGAUCUUACUGCUCCUGAAAGUUUGCAGUUGUAUCUUGACACAAGGUUUGAUCAACUGAAAGUUGCUACUGAGCUUGAGCUUUGGCAGGAAGCUUUUCGAUCAAUUGAGGAUAUACAUGGUUUGAUGUGUAUGGUUAAAAAGACGCCUAAAGCUCCAUUUAUGGUUGUAUACUAUUCCAAGCUCUCUGAAAUAUUCUGGAUGUCAUCCAAUCACCUCUAUCAUGCGUAUGCUUGGCUCAAGCUCUUCUCUCUUCAAAAGAGCUUUAACAAGAAUUUAAAUCAGAAGGAUUUACAGUUGAUAGCAUCCUCGGUAGUUUUAGCUACACUGUCUGUUCUCCCUUAUGAUCGCUCAUAUGGCGCAUCUCAUGUGGAGCUUGAACAUGAAAAAGAACGAGGAUUGAGGGUAGCAAGCCUUAUUGCAUUUGAUGUUGAAUCCAAACCAGAAAACAGAGAAGUGCUCUCAAGGUCGUCUCUUCUUUUGGAUUUGGUGGCAAAAGGUGUAAUGAACUGUGUGCAUCAGGAAGUGAAGGAUCUAUUCCAUGUAUUGGAAAAUGAAUUUCAUCCUUUAGACCUAGCAUUGAAAGUGCAGCCCUUGUUAACAAAGAUCUCUAAAAUUGGAGGCAAAAUUGCUACUACUGCUGUACCUGAUGUGCAGCUGUCCAAGUAUGUUCCUUCCCUUGAGAAGCUUGCUGCUCUUAGAUUGCUACAGCAGGUCUCACAAGUAUAUCAGUCUAUGAAAAUUGAUAACCUAUCACAGGUGAUUCCUUUCUUUGAUUUCUCUACUGUUGAGAAGAUCUUUAUGGAUGCAGUCAAGAAUAAUUUCUUAGCCAUGAAGUUGGAUUAUAGGAAGGGUGCCCUCUUCUUUGGUACCAAGUCUAUUGAAUCUGAAGGUCUACAUGAUCAUCUGUCUUUAUUUGCUGAAUCACUUAGCAAAGCAAGGGUUGUUAUCCACCCUCCUGUAAAGGGAGUUUCAAAGUUAGGGGAAAGACUUCCAAAUUUAGUGGAAGUGGUUGAGAAAGAGCACAAGCGGCUGUUAGCACGCAAGUCUCUAAUUGAACAGCGCAAAGAAGAACAAGAACGACAGCUUUUGGAGAUGGAACGGGAAGAGGAAGCGAAGAGGCUGAAAUUACAGAAAAUAACGGAAGAGGCUGAACAAAGGAGGCUUGCCACUGAGUUUGAACAAAUGAAGAAUCAACGAAUUCGCCGAGAAAUAGAGGAACGUGAACUUGAAGAAGCUCAGGCCUUACUACAAGAAGCCGAAAAGCGCAGUAAGAAGAAAGGGAAGAAACCUGUUUUGGAAGGAGAUAAGAUAACCAAGCAAUCUUUGAUGGAACUAGCCCUUAGUGAGCAGCUUAGGGAGAAGCAGGAAAUGGAGAAAAAAUUACAGAAGCUUGCAAAGACUAUGGACUAUUUGGAACGUGCAAAGAGAGAAGAAGCAGCUCCGCUUAUUGAAGCUGCCUUCCAACAACGUCUAGCUGAAGAAGAAGCUCUCCAUGAACUGGAACAACAGCAAGAAGUUAAUGCAAGCAGGCAAAGGCAUGCUGGAGAUCUGGAGGAGAAAAGAAGGCUUAGCCGGAUGAUAGAAAACAAGAAAAUUUUCCAAGAAAGGGUACUAACCCAAAGAAAAGAGGAGUAUGACAGGCUGAAGGAGGAGAGAGAACAGAGAAUUCAUCAAAUUAUUCAGGCACGGAAGCAAGAAAGAGAUGCAAAGAGGAAAAUGAUAUAUUUUCUGAGAUCUGAAGAGGAAAGGCAGAAAAAACUGCGCGAGGAGGAAGAGUUAAGGAAGAUGCAAGAGAUGGAAAGGCGGAAAAAGGAAGAGGCUGAGCGGAAGGCCAAGCUUGAUGAAAUCGCGGAGAAGCAGAGGCAGCGGGAGAGGGAGCUAGAGGAAAAAGAAAAACGAUGGAAGGAAGAGGUGUUGGGACGAUCUGCUGCAGUGCCACCAAGGACUGAGCCUUCUCCCAUGGCCCCUCCUGUGGAAGUAUCACAGGUAGCUCCAGCUGUUGCUGCCGCUGCAGCUCCAGCUCCAGCAGCAGAUAGGUACGUUCCAAAGUUUAGAAGAGGAGGUGCUGCUGCUGCUGCUGAGCCAGGUGGCCAGGCCUCACGACCUGAACCAGAUAGAUGGUCAGGUGGUGCCAGGACUGAGGCUCGAACAUCUCAACCUGGAGACAACUGGCGAGAUGAACGUAGACCUUCUUCCUUUGGUGCUUCAAGGUCCACUUGGCGUUCUUCUAGGGAACGUUGAUGGGGAUAUGUUGGAUAAUUGAUGUAUGCUCCUGAAUCAGAGUGGCCUAUUCAACGUGUUCUCCGCAGCUUGGCAUCUUGGAUCAUUUCUCUUAAGCCCUUGUUGAACAUAAUUAUUAUUAUUAUUAUUAUACUGUGAAGUUUUGAUGUUGAAUUUCUGCAGAUUUUGUGACUGCCGUGGCAUUCAAGUACAAGUUCUGAACCUUGAGACGGCACCUGUAAUCGACUUAAUUUCACUUGUUUUGCUACUGUUUGGAUUCCUUCA